AUGCUGCCCAAGGACAAAAAGAAAGAUGCCGGGAAGUCAGCUAAGAAAGACAAAGACCCAGUCAACAAGUCUGGGGGCAAGGCCAGAAAGAAGACAUGGUCCAAAGGCAAAGUUAGGGACAAGGUCAACAACCUAGUUCUGUUUGACAAAGCUACUUACGACAAACUCUGUAAGGAAGUUUUCAACUAUAAGCCUAACCCUGCUGUGGUCUCCUGGAGACUGAAGACCCGCGGUUCCCUGGACAGGGCAGCCCUUCCGGAGCUCAUUAGUAAAGGACUUUUCAAACUGGUCUCAAAGCUCAAGUGGUUUACUCCAGAGAUACCAAGGGUGGAGAUGCCCUCCUGCUGCUGGUGA